CUGUACUAAUAAGGAGAAAACGUGUUAACUUCAUUGUCGGGCCAAAAUCCUAAGUUAGUUAGUUAACGUUAGUCUCAGAUAGGAGAACCCUCUAGUCUGGGUAACUCUAGAAACUUGUAGAAUAACUGUCGUAAUGCUAGAAUUUUAGAUUGAUUGCCAUGGCAUCCUUUGAUAGUGAGCCUAAUGUUCCCAAACCAUGGGUAAAGAAAAUAUCAAAAAAGAAACCUGGUACACCUUAUUAUUUCAACUUGGAGACCUUUGAACGUUCCUGGACUCCUCCGACAGAACAAUUUAAGAAGAAUGAAGAUUCAAAUACCAAGACUGGUAUUGUUGUAGAAGCUGCUCCUUUAAUUGUUAAAAGAAACGUAGAUGGUGAAAUGAAACACCUGGAAGAAAUGAGAGGUAAAAGACUAAUUACAGGGUCUUCAUCCAUGGAAAAACCUGGUGCUGACAAGCUAACUGCUGAAGAGACUUCAAGAAAGAAGGCCAGGGUAGCAGAUUUGGAUGAAGCUAACAAAAUAAAAGUUAAGAUUAAGAAAAGACAGAAAAAACGUAAAAAAAAGCAAAAGGUUAAGGAAAUUUCAUCAGUUGUCUCUCCUAAACUAAAUGAUACAGUAAAGGAAGACUGUAGUAACACUGACAAAGAGGCUUUCUGUAAAUCUGUCACUGGUCUCCAGUCACUUAAUAAUUUAGAAAAAAACACUAGUCUUAAUGAUAAAGAUGAAGGAAAAGUUAAUUUGGUAAGUUUACUAGAUAGUAACAGAAAACCUAUCAGAUUUAGUGUAAAUCCCAUUAACAAAGGCAUAAUAGACAAGGAAGUUAAAGGUAUUACUGUAAAGCCUAAAGAAACAGGAAAAACCAAUCCAGCUAUACAUCCUAGUAUCUUGGCUUUUCAGAAGUUAGCCAAAACUGUGAAAUGGUCUAAAUCAAAUUGUUCUGCCUCAAGAAAGGGAAGUCUUCUUGCAACAGCCAUAAAAAGUAAAACCCACACUCUAGGAGAGAACAUAGAAGAAAACAAGAAAACGAGCCAGUUACAAGAUAAAUCUAAGGAUUCAUCUCAGAGCAAAGAAAAAUGCAUGAGAUUGUCUAGUUUCAGAAUUCCCAAGAAAAAGCCAGCUGAAACAGAAGCUAGAGAAUUACUGAAGGUGUUGGUUGAUACAAGUUAUGGAUCUAGUGAUGAAGAGGGAACCAAUAAGCCAAGUAAGCUUGUACAUGAUAACAUAAUACCUGUUUACAGUCUUAACAGUUAUGUAGACAGUGAUAAUGAGGAAACUGAACAUCCAAGUAGACCCAAGUAUAGCAAGAACAUGCCUGUUCACAGAAAUGAGAAGUAUCCAGAUAAUGAUGGAGAGGGGCCAGAAGGAAGGAAGCCUAAUUAUGGUGAUAGAAUGUAUGUUUACAAGCAUAAGGAAUUGGUAGAAAGUUCUGAAUCAUGUCAGCCUAUCACUUCAGUAAUUGAAUUCAAGAAAAGAAAACAGAGCCUGUGUAAACAAAGCAAGCCUUUAUUUUUUAACAUUUUAGAUAAUGAAGAAUGUGAAGGUGAUAAAGGAAGCGGAACAUACAGUGUAGGUGAUAAAAAGACAAACCAGGAAUUAAUUGACUUAGUAAACAAAACUGAGGAAAAGAAGUACCCCUGUGAAUUACUGCCUACUGUAGAACCAAUUGAAGAUGAUGACAUGGAAGUUGAGAUUCAGGAAAUUAUCAGUGAAAUUGCUUCAUUCCGUGAAAACACAAACCUUUCUCUUUGUGAUAGAAAAUCUUUAUGUCGUGAUUUUGACAGGAGUACAAAUUCUGUUUAUUAUGUUGUAGAUACUAAUGUUCUUUUACGUGAUGUGAAAUUCCUUGAAAAGUUAAAAACUAAAGAAAUUGAUGGAAAGCCAGUUAUUAUAGUUAUACCAUAUGUUGUUUUACAAGAACUUGAUGGUUUGAAGAAGAGUAUUUCUGUGGGUAAUGCUAGUAAAAAAGCCAUUUGCUGGUGUAACAGGUACUUUGAGAACAAAGAUGCUCAAGUUGUAGGCCAGAAUUAUGACGAUUACCUCAGAACUUUAUCCCAAGAUUCUAGAAGUAAUGCUGAUGACCUCAUACGGGAUUGGUGUUUGCUAAUGAAAAAGCAGAAUCUUGAUGCUCGAUUGUUAACAAAUGAUAUAAAUUUGCGUAAUAAGGCUAUCGUGUCAUCCAUUUCAGCCACAAGUGUUGAGAAGUUACAGUCUCUUCUGGAAAAGUCAAGGGAAAAGUUCAUUUCUACUGAUGAUAAAGACUGUGAAUUCUUUGAAAACUGUGAAAUUAAAAAAAGGUCCCCUUCUCCCGAGAUGUCACCAGAAAGCAUGGUAGUUACACCUAUCAGAACAUCAUGUCCUCCUUGGGUAACCAAACAAAGAGAAAAGAAACUUGACAUAGUGCCAAAAGAGGAAGAUUUACAAGAUCAUCACAUUCCAGAGAAAAACUCCAGUGAAAUAUUUCUAAAGGACGUAGAAGUAUCUUUAAGUAAGACACUCGGUCAAAUCUUAGAGGCAGCAUUUGUGGAUGCUUAUGGCCAUGAAUUGUGGAAACAGAUAAUCAUUCAUAAACCUCCAUGGACAUUAAAUGAAAUACUGAAAUGCUGGGACAGACACUGGCUAGCAGUAUUCAUUGACAAAUUUGAUCGAAAUGUUAAAGAUUUGUUAGCUGAAAUUGCUGCUUUACUAAAAGUAGUAAGUAGCAAUAGUGAGAUAAAGACACUUGUGCAGAAGACACAAAGUCUGUAUAAAUGCAUUGAAAGAACUGAAUUUAAAAAUCAUAUUACACCUCUUCAACAAAAAGCUUUAGGUGUUGCCUCUGACUGUGUUAUGAAAGAAACCAAAGCAGAGGUUCAAGAAAAUUCCAUGCCAGUAGCUAUUACUAAUCAUGAAAUUUUAAAAGGAAAAGGGUUUUCUAAUGUCAAGGAGAUGAUAAAUCUUGUCGGUGUUUAUAUAACACAUUUUUUGGCUAUGAUACUGGAUGGCUGUGGUGUACAACAUGAUCUUCCUCGCCUCAACAAUAAACAGAUGACUCUGGAGGAUGCUUGCUCUAGUGCUGUGAACCUUCGUGAUGUUAUCAUGCGACUUGGAAUCUCCAUUGUCAACUGUGUGACAUCCACCACUAAGGAAAACCUUAUAGAAUUUGGGACGAUACUUGUUGGUUUCUGGGAUGAGGCCAAAGAACCUUGCCCCACAUUGUCUUUCACAUUGGAUGACUUGCUGCAAAUUGUGACUUCUGAUGAAGGUCGUAAGUUUCUAGAAAUGGUAGCCAGCGAGUUGGAGAGGCUGCUCAGUAUGUUAACAACCCUGAUGAAUGCUUAGAUUUACUUGAAUCAUUUUUACUAUGACUAUAAAUCCUCGAGUUUGCAUUAGCAGGGAAAACAAAAUAUAUUUUAUUUUUAUAUACUGUUAUAUUUUAUAAUUUACUGAAGUGGGAACUGUAGAUCAGUGAGUGGAAUACAGUAGAUCAUUUUAAGUUAAAUUCUAUAUGUACAGUUAUGGUAUUAAGUUCAUUUAUGAAUACAGUACACUUUGCACUGCAGUAGAAAAGAAUGUAUAGUUAUUUGAUUUGAAUACACCUAUAUGACAGAUUCAUGAAUAUUUUGUGUACGUAUUACUUUUAAGUACAAGUUGUUGUCAUGGCUUUCAAAGGAAAAUAGAUUAUCUCAAUUUUUGUUGUACCCUUACAAUUACUGUGAUAAAAUUAAGUUAUGAAACAGGUGCUAGUAGAGAAGUUCUGCUGUCAAAAAUUUGCUUAGGAAAUAGGAAUGUAUUUGUGAUGCAUAUUUGUGUGCAUAUGAAGUUGUUGGGUCUUCCUAAGAAAUCAUAUUGACUGAUAAAAUAAUUUAAUACUUUUUCAAAGAACUCUAGUCAUUUUUGUAUUAGUAGAUACUGGGAUCCAUUGUUCUACUACCCAAAUGCUAUUUCUUUAAAUUAGGUACUUGUAUCAACUAGAAUCAAAACCAAUGAGCAAUUGCAGUUGUAUGUCGAUACUUUUACCUAUUUACACCUGCUUAUUGGCAUGGAAAGUACUAUAGAUGCUAUCCUAGUGCCAGAGGGUAGAAAUUAUUUACAUAUUAGGCACAUGUGUAAACAUGCAGGUAAUACAUAUAUUCUUGUAGAUUUGCAGGUAGUUAAUCUUUAAUCUGGUCACAUUGGUGAUUUUGCCAGAUCACAAAUUAGGUUAGUAUGAACUUAAUUGCCAUUGAAAAGGCAGUGAAAUGGAUGAAAUUAUUUAUACUAUAUCCGAAAUAUGUGGCGAGUUCCAUUUUUGCUUGUAAUGCUAUGCAUAUGAAACAGCCAGUUCUCUAUCCUGUUUACCAUUAUAUAUACAAAAUUCAUAUGUAUGCAUACCUACCUACCUCAUAUUUUAGCUCGAGGUAAGUUUUAAGUUGUUGUAUCUUUGGUGUUGACUUUAGAUGGAUUUUCACAACCAACAGAUAUUGCUUGUUACCUCUACAUAUUGAGAAUAUGUAUCUGCAUUCCCCCCCCCCCCUUUCCUUCCCCCCUCUAACUAAAUUAACUAGAAGUCAGAAAGAAAUACAUUUUUAAGGAUUUAUUUUUUUAUUGAUUUCAAGUGCACUGUGAAAAGCAAAAAUUAGAAGUUCUUUCAUUUUCUUUUACUUCUAUUGUUCUCAGUCAGCCAAUUUUACUGUUAACUACUGCUGGACUAUCAAGAAUAUGCACACCUCACUUACACAUAGCCUAACCUAUUUCACUAGAAUGUGAUCUAUUUUAGAACUUUUCCAUCUUUCUAUGUUUUGUUUUACAUCUGUUUUUGAAUUGCUGUUAGCAGAGAAUUAUUUUUUUUGUUUCAUUUGUUUGUCAUAAACAGAAAAAAAGCUACUGGUGUAUAAUUACUUAACUGCAGGUUCUCGCAGAAACACCACCAAGUUUUUCAGAAGUUUAACAUUAGUGGACAAUGUACUAGAGUGAUUGACCUUUAUACAAGAAGCAGUUUCUUUAGAAAUUGGAACCAUGGCUGGGGCUAAAAGUGAAAAAAAGAAACAUGGAAGUAGUUUACUUGUAUUUACAAUGAUGCUGAAGUUUAAAAGUUUAUGCAACCAUGAUACCAACAGUAUUUAUGCAGCAAUAGCAGCUGGUUGGUUGCAGUGGCCAGGGAAAUUUAAAACGGUGCAAGCUGGAAUUAGUAUCGAUUAACUGCAUGUAUCAGUAUAGGAAAAAUUAAUCUUGGAAUAGGUAUCUUAAAAAAUAAAUAGAUUUUGAAAAGUGAAAAAAUUUUUAAAUGUGCUUUUGUCUUUAGGUAGAUCAGGUGAAUCUCCCUAAAUAGGUGCAAUUGCUGAGGUCAUCAGUGGUGGUUAAAGGGAUGAGGCUGCCAGUAACCGCUGUUGGAAUAAAUCUGCUGUUUACUUGAGAUUUUGUAAAUUAGUCUUCCAUCCAUGUAAUGUACAGGCAAGACCUCAUUUUGAUUCAAGACCAUGGUAAGUCAAGUCCUUUUAGUUGCCUUACUUCACAAAGAAGUCUACUCAAAUUUUUGGAAAUGUGCUGUCUAACAGGUUGCCAUAAAACUCAAUAUUUGCAAGCUGCUUAGUACCAUGUAUCUUGACUAAGCCCUUAAUUGGGUUGGACAUAUACUUGAUAAGAUUAUUUUGAGACACCGAAUCAACUUUUGACUCACAGGCCUCAAGUAGGGUUAAAAAUGUAAUAAGGCCUCACAUUCUCUGCUUUGUACAUUUGCCUUAAUUCUCAGCCAAUCCAUGUCUCGGUUUCCUUCCAUGAUUUUCUUGGCUUUCCCAAUGGUCUUUAUUCUGCCUACUAUUUUUAUAUCUACCACAUAUGACAUCCCCUUUUCAUAAUAUGAUCUAAUCCUCCAAGUCUUCAACUUGGUCACUCUUUGGUAUAUGAACUACAUGUGUGCAAUCUCUUAGAAGAUGGGGACAUUUUUAUGCCAAUUUUGAUUAUCAAUUAUUUUUAUUUUAUAUAGGUAUUUAGGCAGAGUUCCUUGUCUUGGCACUUAGUGACAUUACUGUUAAGUUUUUGUCCAUUACAUUAGCCUAUGUAGGAUUGUAAUCAGAAAACUUGCAUUUAAUUCUGUACUAGCAUAAAUACUUGCAUUUACUCAGUAAAAGGGUAUUAUUGCUCUCCAGAUCAUAUUAAUGAAGAUGAUGGCAAUAAUUAAGGCUUACGAGGAAGGGUUUUUUUCCUUGUGCUCUUGAGAGCUGCUCAGUGCUAUCUAAAAGUUUGGGAAACCCCAACCAUAGUUCAUAAUUUUGAAUUUCUUAUUAAUAUGUCAAUUCCACCUUCUAUGCUAGAUCACUCUCCACAGUAGGUGACAAGUGGUUUAGAGGGUAGUGGGGAUAUACCCUCACUCCCCUUCCAACUCCAAGUACUUUUGCUUUGGCACCAGGUGGGUGAUAUGAGAAAUAUAAAUGGCUCUGGCUUUUAUAAAAAGGAAAAUUGACAAAAUCUUGUAAGUAUAACAUUUCUUAGAGGUAUACAACCCUUAGCCUUUUAUGUAGGAGUAACCUUCACUGCAAGCUAAAAACAGUUAUAUGCCUUCACCAAGCAGCUUUUUCUUUGGCCUCAGAGGCAAAGUAGGCUGGUUGAGUUUGAAGUUACGAUAAUAGGCUGGUGUGCAUACUUGAGAAAAAUACAGAUAUUUACGCCAUAGCUGAAGAGGUCAUCUCCAUCAACCAACUGGAAGUUGUAAAACAACCAAGAAUUUUUACAACCCUGGUCACAGGAUCAAGUAAGGGAACAAGGACUCCUCUAACCUAGCCAACUUGGCAUAAGCAUGGCAGAGCAGUAUGGCCCCAGGUUUGGACUAAGAUUGUAGAGCCUUAUUUAAGUAGGGAAAAGAUCAGGAAACCAUUUGCCAACCAUAUGAAGGCAGUUAUGUCUGGUGCAGUCUAGCUCUACCAUAAAUAAGAACUGACUCGUAUGGUAUUAACUAAAUAUGUAAAGUAAAAUUUCAAAUAUCCAGAUUUUGCAGUCUGGACUGCCCUCUUUGCCUGGCCAUUUGACUGUGGAAAAUGUGGACUUGAUGUGGCAAUGUCAAAUCCAUAUUGUUUGGCAAAUUUUGCAUAUUCAAUUGACAUGAAUUGAGUUCCGUUUUCUAACCGUACAGAGUCCGGUAUUCCAUGGGUUGCGAAGACCCUUCAUUCUGGCAAUGACCGCGGCUGCUGUUGUGUUACUUGCCAGUGGCUUCACCUCGAACCAUCUGCUGUAAUAGUCAAUUAUGACUAAGUAAUGCUUCUUGUUAAAUUCUAGUAAGUCAGUUGCUUGAUGUUGCCAGGCUCUUUCUGGCAAUUCUGGUGGCAAAAGAGGCUCAUGUUGCUGUGAUGGUCUUUUUUUGCGGCACUCCAGGCAGCUGCUGACAAGCUCUGUGAUAUGUCUGGUGAUGCCCUUGGUGGCUUUCAUGGAGUCUGUCCAGAAUGUCUUUCCUCAUUGCUUCUGGUAUUACUAUUCUGUCGCCGUACGUCACAAGACUGUCUACAACUGACAGCAUGGCAUGUACAUGGAAGAAUGGCUCUAUUUCAGGUCCUGCAGUUGUAGAGUGGCAAGGCCAUCCAUCCAUUAUGAAGCACAGGACUUUGCGCGGUGUUGAAUCCUCAUCCAUGGCUUUCAUUAAUUAUGUCUGCUUUGCAGGUGAGACUGGCCAAUGUGCUCUUACCAAGUCUACAAAUCUCCUGGUCUCCUCCUCAAGGUUGUCGGCAUGGGCCGUGGUCAGAGGUUUGCGGGACAACGCGUCUGCAAUUACCAGGCUCUUGGCUGGCAAAUACAUUGGCUCUGGGUUGAAUCUCAUCAUUUCUAAUCAUUAGACGCUGACACCUCAGGGGGGCUGUGUCUAGGCUCUUGGACGGUAAGAGCGGAACCAGUGGUUUGUGAUCCGUGAAAAGCAUGAAGGUUGGGAGCUCGGUCAGGUACUGAGAAAACCUCUUGCAUGCCCACACUCCUGCCAGGCACUCCUCUAUUUGGGCAUACCUCUUCUCUGCUGGCGUCAAGGUCCUGGAGCAGUAGGGAACUGGUUUGGAAACUUUUCCAUGCUGCUGUAAGAGCACAGUACCCAGCCCAAAUGAGCUGGAAUCAGCGCUGACAGUUGGCGGCUUUUAGGGGUCAAAGUAGGUGAGCGUUGCGGCAUGGCUCACCAGCCGCUUGGCCUCAUGGAAUGACUUUAUCUUCUCCAGUUCCCAUGCCCAGUGUGCAUCAUUCUUCAAGAGGCUUUAGAUAGGCUUCAUGGUGCUAGACAGGUUCAGCAAGAACUUGGCAAGAUAAUUGAACAUGUCCAUGACGGUCCUUAGCUCGUGUAUAUCUUUCGGCAGGGGCAAAUUAGCGAUCGCCUCUGUCUUUUCUGGGUGGGGCUUGAUGCCAUCUUUCCCAACCAGAUGACCAAAGUAGGACACUCCUCGACGAUCUUCAGCACCUUCAGCCGGCAGUCAUCGAUAUUCACUUCUACCCCUUUUCAGCUCCGAACAACUCCACCGUCUUUGCUUGAAACUCGUCAGUGGCGAGGCUAAUGCCAAAUGGUAGUCUCUUAAACAUGAAGAGUCCAAAUGGUGUGAUGAAAGUUGCGAGUCUCGGAGAUUCCAAGUCCAACAGGAUCUGCCAGAAACCCAAUGCCGCAUCCAGGGUUGAAAAGACCUUUGAGCCGGCUAGUUUUGGCCCUAUGUCUUCAAGUGUUGGGAGUGCAAAGUGAGGACAGAGUAUUGCUGUGUUUAGAUUCUUCAGGUCCACACAUAUGUGAACAUUGCCAUUUUUCUUCAGUACAGGGACCAUGGCAGAGCAGUAAUCCGUUGGUUCCAUAAUUGGGGAGAUGACUUCACACUUUUGCAUCCUCUCCAACUCUGCCUAGACUUUCUACAUCAGGGGGAAGGGCACACAUCUGACUGUGGGAAUGUAUAUUGGCUUUGGCUUCAUUGCCCCAAUACUCCAGUACGGCUUCACCUCUUCAAGACGCGCAACAAGCUGCAUCUUAGUAGCAAUGUCCCUUGCCAGCAAAUUGGACCUGUCCCCGUCAAUCAUGACAAUUUUAACGUCGUAAGCAGUCCCCUUAUCAGUGAUUUUGGCAGUGAACUCCCCCACCGUCUGCACACUUCUGCCUGGAGAGGUGAGAGUUAGCUUCGUUGAUUGUAGUGGCGGGUUUUGCCUAAACUUUUGGUAACUAUCAUUGGGCAUGAUAAUUACGUCAGCACCUGUGUCAAUAUUAAAAUUGACUUUGCUGCCUACAACUUCCAGCUGCACAUACCAUGGCUUGUCAUUAGAUGUGCCGUCCACGGACCCAAGAAAGAAUUCAAAGUCGGCUGGUUCUACUUGAUGUACUGUUACAGGCUCCACUUCCACUUCGCUCACUUUUGACGAUCCAGAUCUACACACCAAUGAAAAGUGUCCAAUCUUCUGACAUUUUUUGCACUUUGCACGUGUUACUGGGCAGCUCUUGUUUUGUGGUAUUUGUACCCACAGGUCUUGCAUCUAGUCUGUCUUUGGGGUUGGCAGCCUGUUCCUUGGCUGCCACUUCGACCCCUGCAGUGGCCCUUUUCUCUGUAUGAACUUCCCCCUCUGGUUAGGGUUGCUGCGCGCUUCACUGGCCCUGGCUCCAUGCUGUUGUUGUAGCUGGUCGCAGAGGCUCUCCCACUUCUUCGCAUAAUCCACUGCUUCCUCCAGAGUAACUUUGGGCAUAAACUAGAGCAUUUCAUCCUUUAGGCCGGCGAUGAAACAGCCACGGACCUGGCUGUCCUGGUUCUGAUAGUCGCACUUAAUAACCAGAUGCUGAAGAUCAAUGAGGAAACUGUCAAUUAAUUCCUCCCCCUGUAUACGCUUAUUGAAGAUGGCACUCUCAUAGACAAUAUUCACCUUUGGCACAUAAUGGUUUUCAAAUUUAUUGAGCACAUUGUAGCAGGUGUUUUCCUCAUCGACUUCAAUGGUAGGGGGCUGUCCGGCUUCUACGUUAGGGUUGGGAAUCCUCUUCCUCCCAAACUUGAAGGUCUGCAUCAUACCUUCUAUGCCUUCCUCGUCCCCAUGUUAUACAGCAAGGCACUUAAUCUGAUCACAUCUGAUUUUACAUCAAUCUCUGUCAGCUGACUGUACCUUUUCCAAGCAGCAAUCCAAUCUGGCCAGUCUGCUACAUUGAAGGAGAACUGUCCUGGGGGUUGGAACAGUUACUGUGCCAUAAUGAGGGUGCGUCGAAGUGAUUAAGCACUGUAACCAACAAUCGAACUUGGCAUGUGGGCUAUAAUAAGAUUUCUUUAGCGACAGUCAAAUUAACUGCAUUUGACAAAGGUCAAGGGUCUGGUUGGCUUAUGCAAUAGGGUGUCCCUAGGCACUCCUAGCAAUGACAGGUGGCUAUAACAGCUGCCCAAGACAGUGGUACUUACAGUAAAAAGCAGGUAAGUGACCACUUCUGUUGCACAAUCACACGUGAUUUUCUUCUUUGGCUCCUGAUCCAUUUUUAUUGCACUUAUCGUUGAUGUUGCUCAUUUAUUUCUUCAUCAGUCACAGCAAGUUUUUCCUGACACCUUAUCAUGUUUAGCAUAAAGUACAAUGAAGACAGAUCGCAUUAUAUUGUAUUUAUUUGGCACUGAAUAAAUACAUGUUGAUCUUAAGAGCGGGAAAAACAACGACAAGAGCAAUAUUGCGCAUGCGUGACAAGAAGACUGAUAGUAGUAGUAGAGAAUAUGACAUUCAAUAUGGACACACCAAAGCUGCUACUGUUCAGCUGUGUCUUUGUGGACCGUAGGCAUAACAGCCAACGACCAUGCCACAUUGAAAAUAUCGCUUCUUGUCUGAUCACUUGGAUAGGUGCCCUGGGAACUCUAGAUUUUGUUGGCAUGUUUUCUUGGAAAUUAUAAAAAAACAAGGAAAAUAACAAAUGAAUAUAUUAAUUGCAUUUUCAUCUAUAUUUUUAUUCUCUCAUAAUUCUUUAAUAUUAUAACAAAAUAAUUACACAUGAUAAAUGUAAAACUAUAACAUAACUGAUCUUCAAAAGAAAAUAAAAGGAGGAAAAAAAAAUCUUGCAUUUAUGAAAAAAUGCAAUAUGAUAAAGUAAAGCCUGGUGACUAACAUAGAAGAAAAAAAUAUGAUGACAAAAAUAUAAUACUUUCAACAGAAAAUGUAAAAGGUUUCAUUAUCACAAAAAGAGUAAGAUUCUUGCCUUUAUGAAAAAGUAAUAGAAAAGGAUAAAUUGAAAUGAAAGGUUUUACCUUCAUCAUAAUGAAUAAUACUUUUCUUUCCGUAUUACCUAUUUCAGCUUUAUAUUUUGAAAAUAAAUGUAUUUACUCCUGUACAGAACAUAAAUUAAAAUAAAUUCUUUCAUCUUUUCCUAAAACUUAUCCUUCAUGUGAUAUAUCCUAAAGCAAGGAGUUAUACACAGUGCUACAUCACACACUAAACAGCAGUAUCUGCUUUCUUUCCUUAGCCUUUUUCCACUUGCAUCUCACUUUCUGCUACAAACUUCACAUUGUCUUGUCUGGUUACUUUUCUUUUCUGUAGGUGGCAUGACAUCUGGGAAAUGCCUUUCUGUAAGACGAAGAGGGUGAGGUGCAGUACUUGGUCGUCCUACUUUUGAUGACAUCAUAGGUGUAUGGUACUUUUUUAUUGUCUCGUCUAUCACUUGAAGACGGUACUUUAGAGCUGUGGCUUCUCCUGAUUUGAGAUACAAAAGAUAGUAAUUCCACAAUGCGAAGUUGACAAUAUGAAAGAAUAUUUUCUUGUAAUACCUCUUUCUCCUUUUUCUUGUAAGAGAAUAAUUCAGGAGACUUUGAUCUACUUUAUCAACCCCUCCCAUUGUGUUCUUGUAGUCCAUAACUAGUUUAGGCUUCUUCGCCAAUUUUCCUCUC